GCCGAUUAUCGAUGUCGAACCUGCAGAUAGACGACAACAGGAAAUUAAUGCCCGUGGCAUCGGGCGCUAGACGAUUAUCGAUGUCGAGCCUGCAGCUAGAUGACAGCAGGAAAGUAAUGGCAGUAGCAGCCCACGGUAGACGAUUAUCGAUGUCGGACUUGCAGCUAGAUGACAACAGGAAAUCAAUGGCGGCAGCAGCUGCCGCUGCCGCGACAGCAGCCGCGUCCGCAUCAGCAUCGGCAGCGGAAGAACCAGUACGACAAGCAUGUCAAGGCGAAGGCGGAGGAGGAGGAGGAGGAGGAGGAGAAGGAGGAGGAGGAGAAGGAGGAGGAGGAAGAGGAGGAAUAGGAGGAGGACGCGGAGAAGGAAGAAGAGGCAGUGGAAGAGGAGGAGGAGCUGUGGUGGAGCGUUCAAGCUCACGGUCUUUCUCUGCCAAACCGUUUGAGGAAGAUAGUUGUAGUGACUAUGUAUCUGAUCAUUCAACGAGCUCGAACCCGCAAUCUCUGCUGCUUUCCGCUUCCAAGCCAGUGGCAAGUGGUUGCUUUUGGUCUAUCCUUAAUCCACAUAGCAGAUUCGUGCGCAACUGGAACAAGUUUUUUGUCGUCACGUGCUUGACGGGCGUAUUCAUCGAUCCGUUGAUCUUCUUCAUCUUCGGCGUGGAUGGUGAGAUGGGAUGCAUGUACAUUCGGUGGAGAUACGCGUUGAUACUCACGAUCCUACGGUGCAUAACAGAUUUGGUACACGUCUUUCACAUCGUCUUUCAAUUCCGGAUUGCCUAUACGGCGAGGCGGCGGGAGGCGAGCAGCCGGCCUGUUCUCAUUACAAAUCGGAAGAAGAUUGCCUACCAUUACGUCAAGAGUUGCCUCAUUCUCGACGUCGUCGCUGUGCUUCCCCUAUUUCAGUUGGCAAUAUGGGUUCUUCUUCCUUAUUUGGAUGCGAAGAUAAAGCGGCAGGAUAGCCUCGUCGUCAGUUUCAAGACCUAUCUGCUGCUAAUCAUACUUCUGCAGUUUGUGCCGAGGUUGUUGCGAAUCAUCCCCCUCAUGAGGCGCAUGGAAAGAGCAACUGGAUUUGUCUUUGAAACUGCCUGGUCGUCCUUCCUCAUCAAUUUUCUUGUGCUACUCCUUGCAAGCCAUAUUGUAGGUGCUAUAUGGUACAUGCUUUCAAUAGAGCGCCUAGACGGUUGCAUGGAGCACUCGUGUGCCCAUGAGGUCAAUUGUGUGAAUAUGUAUCUAGAUUGCCCAGAUGUUGGCAACCUGGAUGCCAGUAUCAAAGAGUACACCCCCAAGAAGCUGGCUGAUCGUGCAAGGUGGUUGAACUCCUCUGUCAUAAUGCACCAGUGCUUUCAUCAUCAUGGUGGUGAAUAUAACUUUGCUGAAGACGAUUGGCAGUAUGGAAUAUAUGAGGAGGCCCUUCCAAUCAUUCUAGGCCAUACAAAACCCCUUCAACUUUACUUGCGAUGCUUCUUCUGGGGUCUGCAGAAUCUGAGCAAUCUUGCAGAUCUUUUGAUCCCUAGUGGGACUUCUGUCAGUGAGCUUCUGUUUUGCAUUACAAUCAUCAUAACAGGCUUGUUACUCUUUGCCUUGCUGGUUGGAAACAUGCAGGGCUUCCUGCACUCCUUAAAUAAACGCAAGGACGAGAUGCGGCUGAGAAGGAAAGACAUGGAGAGCUGGAUGCGCCAUAUGGGUCUUCCAAGCAAUAUAACAAAGCGUGUGCGUGACUACCAUCGUCACAAGUGGGCGGCAACUAGAGGUGUACCCGAGGAAGAGAUUUUAGAAGAUCUACCAGAAGACCUUUGUUUCGACAUCAGAAGUCAUUUGUGCCUCCCUCUCAUCCAAAAGGUCCCAUUGUUUGCCCAGAUGGGUGAACCUCUCCAGAAGGACAUAUGCAGACGGUUAAAGCUGCAGCUGUUCAUGAAGAAAUCCCCUGUGGUACUGCAGGGUGAUCCUAUGAACGCCAUGUACUUCCUUCUGAGAGGAUCUGUUGAGGAGAGGACAACCUACGGCUCCCAGCAAUCUUCUGUCAUUGUUGGGCACUUCAAGGAAGGGGAGGUUAUUGGCCUGGAACUUCUGGAUUACUUAUUCAGCAGGAGCCAACUAGGUGAACUUGGCAAUGAUGGUGGUCUAAGCAGAGCAGAGCAGAGCCAACGAGAACAAGAAAGAGGAGGACGAAGAGGAGGAGGACAAAGACGAGGAGGUCGUGGUGACAAUGCAAUACCUGUGACGCUGAGAUUCCAGAGCAGUAACAUCAUAACGGAUGGCACUUCAGGAGACGAUGGUCAAGCAGUUGAAAGUGGGCAGUUCCGUUCUCCAUAUACUCUUAUGUCUCUUGAGUUCGUGGAAGCUUUCCGAUUGUCUGCGGAAGACAUUAAGGAUAUCCUUCAAAGUUUCCAAAGCGAUACAUCCCGACUGCGACAAGACCAACAACGCCUGCAGCGUGCAGCCUCGCGAAGGAGGUCCUUGCCAUGGCGAGUAUGGGCUGCCAUGACCAUUCAAAGAGCCUGGCGAUCGCAUGUAAGGAGACGAAGUUCACAGCUACCGCCCUUACCUCUCACCAGGUCGAAUGCGUCCCAGCAGCAGUUGCAUCACCGCGCACAUGCCACUGGUCGACGAUCCGGAAACAGUUAAAAGUGCAGUUGAUGAUCUGCCCAACUUUCAGCAUUGCGUCUUUCAGAGAAAAAACCCUUUAUUAUUGCUGUCGAUGUUGAAACUAUGUUUGAGGGGAGUACUUGUUUGUUUGUUCGUUUUUGGGUGUAAGUACAUGUUAGGCUGAUGGAUGGGCUGGCCUUACCUUCUCAACCACACCGACGUAUCCGACCUGGCACUCUUAAUUAUCAACUUGUCUACAUGCUGGGACAGGGUGAAGGUGAUAUUCGAGGACGUUUUUUUCAGAACACACGUGUAAAUGGUAGACAGCUGUUGGGAUAUCUAGUAGUAGUUACAGGCCUCGUUUCUCUUUCAUAGAGACGGACGGGAAGACGAGAAGAGUCAGCCAAUAUUAUAGUCCUCUCUCGGACAGGCAGUUGCAGACCAGCAUGCUCUACGGGCUAGCACAUGGCCUGUGCUGUGGCUGGCAACUUUCGGUCGGGGUUUGCUGGGGACCACGAAUUGUUGUCAGGGUGGCCUGACUUUUGGGCGUCCUAACAAUGCUCCAACGUGAAGAACAAACCGCCACCAUAUUUGCUGACUUGACCAGUCUGAGAAGUCUGAUGCAUGUCAAACGUGAAACCCUGCUAAUGGGCAGCGAAUCUUGGGUUAGUUCAAAAAUGUUCGUCCUCACAGGGAUCUUCUUCAAAGGGCUGCGUGUGAGGGCGCAUUUUGAAUGGGGACAAUGACCUCAGCAUCAGCCAGUCAAUGGAAGGGAGGAGUUCCCUUGCUCAGGCUGUAAAAGCUAAGGUCUCAGGUAAUUUUGGACAGGCAUCCGAGCUGCACUUCCACUGUCUGGUAUCGGUCAUUCGUGAACAGUCCACGACUUUGGAUCUUUGGUAAGGAAGCUCUUCUUGGGGAGAUAGAGUGGAGUGAUGGUUGCGAUAAUGGACCUGCUCCUCGCAGCAGCAACGUUCAUGUAUAUACUAUAUAGUAAUGGAGAUUCAGGGUGUGGGGGCUAUUGGGUUUAGAGCAGCACAGCCUGUUCAUGUGGAAGGUGAGCAUGGGGGUUGAUGUUGGCGGAUUGUUGAAUAUUUGAAUGAUCAUUCGGCUGUUCAAUUUUUGAAUGAUCAUUCGGUCUUCUCGGCUCGCCUUCCUUCAGCGAGGGAGCUUUUGGCUGACUCCAUGUCCAAUCCAUGUUAAAAGCUGUGGUGAGAUCAGCAUUUCGGAAUACGUGAUGCUCACCAAUGAGGACUGUAUUGCAUCGUCUAGUAAACAUGGUGGGGGGAAAAGUAACAAGGGUUCUGGGGUGCCGUUUCUCCACCUCUGUCUCAAGCAAUUAUUCCAGUACUUGUGGCUGCCAUCGGUGACAUUUGCACAUUCACCUAUACACUCGAGAGACCUGCACUACACCCAGGAAACAGGGCUGGAUAACUUUUAGCCUCGUCGGUCAUGACCAAGGAAGGGAGCAGGAUAAACAAGGGAGGGAGAGUACGCAGGCCAAGACUAGUCCAGCGUACCUGCUGUUGGAGAGUCUUUAGGCCCCAAGAGUGGACGAUGAUUUGAUUCGCCAUGCUUCAUUGGUCAGGAGAAAGUAAAGGGGGGGAACGAUAAGGGAGGGAGAGCACGGAGGCAACAGCUGUGCAGUGUACCUGCUGUGGGAGUGUAUUCGAGCCCCAAGGGGUGAAUGGUGGAGCUGAUUCACCAUCGAAGCGAUUGGUGGGAGGGUGGAGGAAGGGGCCUGUGAGUGCUUAUCAUGACUAUGCGGACCAGGGAGGUUAGAGUGAAGGGAGAUCCCAUGGUGAUCUUAAAGCAAAUGUAGGGUGGCUUUGUCGUCAGAAAUUGGCAAUUACUGGCAUGCAAGGAGUUACAGCUUCUGAAAGACACACGCACUUCACUCUCCCAUGUGCAAGUUACGACAGCUUGGAACCGGAUAGCAGAUCAACCAGUGAAUAGUGUUCAUGAUUCCAGGUGCAAUCAGCUCCUGUAGAGGUGGACAUGGGCGACGAUUCUCUUAAAAUUUCCUUUAUGACUUGCAGGAUUCCAGGUGCGAUCAGCUCCUGGAGGGGUGGACAUGGGCAACGACCCUCUUAGGAUUUCCUUUAUGAUUUGCAUGUUGCUCCAUGCAGAUUGGCCAUGGAGACCUCGAGCAGA